AUGCCUCCUGGAAUUAGCAAAACGAGUAGUGAAUUAGUACGUGAGAAGGUUCUCAGCAAUUUAUCAAAUGCUGGGAUCCAUAUUAAAUCUAGCAUGCUCACAGAUUUUAGGGAAAGAAAUAAGAUAAAGAAGUUCCUAUCUCCAGUCCAUAGCAAAGAUAAAAAAGAAAAGAUGCCUUUGAGAAGAAGGCUUACGAUGAACAACAACACCAUUUUUGGAGUGCAACUUGCCAGGGUGCCUAUGGUCCAUCUGAAUGAUGAAGAGAUGAUUGGCGAUGUUCCGAGGGAUGAAAUCGAAAAGACGGGACACAUCCGGUUUUCAUCGUCAUCGACUUCCUCGUCGUCAUCAUCACCGUCCUCAUCACUGACGUCAGCAAAAACAUCGACAACAACAAUGUUGACAACAAUGUUGACAACAAAUGACGUCAUCGAUCUCUCUUGCCUGGUCAAGCAGUUCUUCAGACAACUUCCAGAGCCAUUGAUAACAUUCAAAGUGUACAAUCUGCUAGUCAGCUGCUGGGAAAAAAUCAACAACAACAACAACAUCAACGAUGAUAAUAAUAAUGGGAACAGUGGUGUUGAUGAUAAAAAUAAUAAUAAUAAUAAUAGUAAUAACAAUAAUAAUAAUAAUAAUAAGUUAUCCUCGAAAUCCAUACUUCACGUUCUGUUACUUCUUCCUCCCGUCAAUCUAUCCACACUGAAAUUGUUAUCAAUAUUUCUACACAAAGUAUCCCAACAGAGCUGCACCAACAAAAUGGAUUCAUCAAACCUGGCCGUCUGUUUCGCUCCAUCUAUCCUCAAAUCUGAACCCCUACCAAGAAAAAGUUUUUGCACUCUUGGAGAUUUCAGUGGCGGCCACAGCAACCACCAUCAUCUGCAGCAAUCACAAAAAGCGUUCUUGACAGAGUCCAACAACAGAACUACUUUGAAAAGUGAAGUUGCGAUAGUCGAGUUUUUGUUGAAGCACUGGCAGGAUAUUGGAAAUGUUGAGGAGGUUUUUCUGUCGACAUCACCACCAUCAACAUCGUCAACCAAUCAAAUUGUUCCCAGUAAAUUAUCCCCCCUAUCGUCGAGAAGCAACUUCUCAUGCCACACGAACUCAACCACACUUUCGACGUCGACUGCACUUAGCACGAGCAAGAAGUUUGUUAAGAAUAAAAACUGCAACAAUUUCAGCACUCCUAGCAACAAAUACUUAUCGAAAGUGAACAGGAGAGCCGUUGAUUUCAAUCUGACACAAAUUGCCACAGAAGCAACUUCAUCAGCAGCAGGAGUAGAGCACUUGAAUGUAACAACACCUGCAAUAAGCAUCAGUGACAUGAAGAAGAUGAAGAAGAAGAGGAAGAUGCUGCAAGAUUACAAUAAUGUUUCUACUCUCGCUUGCAAAAAUCAAACGACAGUCACAAAGUCAAGCAAGAAGAACGUGAAGAAUUUCUUCAACAUGAUCAGAGGCAUCAAAAAGUCGUCUGAGCAGCGGGCGUCGUCGCCAUCCGAGACACUGCCCAAUAAAUCAGUAAUAACGAUGUCGCUGAAGAAGUCGAAAGCAGCCAACAAGAGUCACAGCAUUAUUGAGAAUAACUUGAAAGAAAACGUCGACCCGAAUGUCACCACACGUACUACCAAACUCCACCACCACAACAACAACAACACUUCGUUCUUCAACAGUACUUUCUUCAACAAGACAUUCAACAAAACCCAGCCACACAACACAACAGCGGCACACAACAAAUCAUCGUUCGAUGGAUUCAGUAUAUUUAGCAGAAGCUUCAAAAAGCGCAACAGCAAGAAAAAUAUCGACAACACACUGCUCAGCAAGUUGAACGUUACGAGCGUGGCCACCACCGCCACCGAUGCAGUCAGUAGUAACUUGUAUUCAUCGACGAGACGACAGCGUUUUUCAGACGUUCUGACGUCUGCUAACAGAACGUUCAGUGACUACAGAACAAGCAGUAGAAUGACGAACAUGAGACACGGUUUACCGUAUCAAGCUGAUGCUGCUAACCAUCACCGCCAUAAUCUCCCUAAAUAUAACAGCAUAAAUAACAGGGCUGAUGGUGACCUGGAGGAUGAUUACAAAUACAAAAAUAAACAACUGAAGCGUAGUAAUCAACUUUAUCAACUACCGCGUCAUCAUCAUCCCCACGGCAAUCAUCAUCAGCAUCGUCGUCAUCAUACCAAAUAUAACUUGGACCUUUCUUUCGUUGGUUCAAACGAUGAUGAUGAUGAUAACAAAGAUGAUGUUGAUGAUGAUUACUUCGUCGAUGGUAAUGUGAACAAUCUAGACAUAGCUAUAUUAAACAACGAUGACGAUGAUGAGGAUGAUGUUUAUCUCGAUGAUGACGAAUACGACGAUGACGAUGAUGACGACGACAAAGCAAAAAACUUCAUCAGUCUCCGUGCCAACCCACUAAACAUUGGCAGCACCACCAACAACAUUACCACCAACAACAACCUCAACAACAAUCUCAACAACAUCAGCACUGUUGAUGCAGCUGGUUAUGUCAACUACCACAAUGCCAAUGAAGACACUCACCUAUCCAACUCGGCUGAUUAUUCCUUGGAUGUCCCGGAACUAUCCAACCUCUCGAUGGCCCUCAACAAUGGGACCUACUGUGGACCGAAACGUCGCGGCAACAGCAGCAGUAGCAGCGGCCACAAGCACGUCAGUAAUGUGACAAACAACAACACCACCACCAGCAACAACAACAGUAUUUUCAACAACAGCAAGUCCUACCACAGCAACAAGAGUUUUUACAAAACAGACCCAGCCAAAUGCAAUAGUAAAAGUAACAACUGCACCAAUAAUUAUUAUUACAUUAAUUGUAAUUUCAGCGAGGUGAGUCGUGAUGCGUGUACCUCAGAAUUUCAUUGGCAUCGUCGUCACCAGCAUCUUGCCGAUAAAACUUCCAUCAAACCAUUUAACAUUGAUGAUGACGGUGAUGAGAUUCUUGAAACGGCAACUACAACAGCCGCAACCGCAGUUACAGUAGCCACAAACGCAGCAGCAACAGCUAACACAAAGCUACCUGGAAAGAUCUGCCAGGACAUUUCAACUCCAGCAUAUAAGAAUAAACUGAAGAGGGAAUCUUUAUCAGAUUCCUUCGUCACGUCCAGCAAAAAAACAACGAAACAUGAACUUUUAAUGGAAGAACCUGAAGAGCCACAGCAACAGCAGCAAGAAAUUGCGCCACAGUAUUUCGCGAACAGACCUCACACCAGCCAGCACCACAACAGCCAACAAAAGCAGCCACCACCGCAACGACAGCAGCUACAGCGACAACUGCACGCCAAUGGCCUGCCAUUAAGUCAGCUGAGUUUAGAUAGCGGUGUCGUGGUGGUUGGGUCUACUGACUUCGAGAAAUUAACCAGAACACAUUCCAACGUUUUGUGCCAGAGCAGCUAA